AAGCCGUGCAAGUCAGAGAGGCCCAAGCGAGUUGUUUGGGGUCCCCACCCACUCCACCCGACUUCACUCGUCUGUGACGUAGCGGAGUUUGUGUGUGUGUGGGGGUGGUGGUGGUGGUGGAGACUGCAACCGAGCCACUGCUCUCUCUCUCUCCCGUGUGUGUUGUUGCUGUACCGUGGUCGUCUCCUCUCAGGCAGCAGCAGCAGCGGCAGCGUCGGCUUCUUCGGCUCAGUUUUGGCAGCGUCCGAGGAUUUAAGGAGAGAGAGGAGGAGGAAGAGGAGGGGGGAGCGCUGCUCGGCUCGGCUCGCGAGAGGGGAAACGAAACGUGCGAGAAGCUGAGGGGUCGACGGAUUUCUCCCGCCGUCACUUUUGCCCGAGAGCCAUGGUCCAGAGCUAGGGGUGCGUGGGGAGCCCACAGAGCUGGGGCGGCGGCGGCGGCGGAGAGAGAGAGGAGGAGGAAGAUCGUCUGGUCGUGUUGAAGUUGACGGGGAGGCGCUGCUGCUGCUGCUGUCGUCAGGGUCACAUGGUCGGCACGUGGACGUGAUGGUUUGACCGGCGCGGGAGAGCAUGCUGUCCCGUAAUAACCCGGGUGGCGGCGGCGGCGGUAGGCGGACCAACCCACGGACGACCACGAACUCCCCCGUCGCCCGGCCCUCCUCCUCCGACCAGGAUGGUGUCAAAAUGCCUUCCAGCAACGGUGGCCCAAAGUCGCCGGUGGGCCGGGUUCCUGGCGGCGGCGGCGGCGGCGGUGAUGGCGCGGCCGCCGGAGCCGAGUGGCUCACGCCGCGACGGGUCAGCCACCGGCGCGCGGGCGCCGCAGAGCGGAGCGACGUGCGUGAUUCGGGGACGUCUCCCAUCGCCGCCAAGGUGCUCACGUCGGCCAACCCAAAGCUGUCAUACGUGGACCGCGUGGUGCUGGAGAUCUUGGAGACGGAGCGUAUGUACGUCAGGCACCUGAAGAGCAUCGUGGAGGACUACCUGACAGCCAUCAGCCAAAAGCUCCCAAAUGAUGACGUCAACACCCUGUUUGGAAACAUCAAGGAGAUAUACAAGUUUAACAGUGAGCUGCUGGGAGAGUUGGAGGAUUGUGGCAGUGAUCCCGUCGCCAUCGCGGAAUGCUUUGUCGAAAAGAGCGGAGGAUUUGAGAUAUAUACACAGUACUGCACAAACUUCCCCAGCUCCAUGGAGCUCCUGACCAAGUGCAUGCGGACAAAGAGCACAGCCAAAUUCUUCCGCGACCACCAAGCGGCCCUGAAGCACAACCUCCCGCUUGGCUCGUUCCUGCUCAAGCCUGUGCAGAGAAUACUCAAGUACCACUUGCUGCUGCAGGAAAUCGAGAAGCGGCUGGACAAGAGCACGGACGGCUACGAGGUGGUGCAGGAUGCCCUGUCGGCAAUGCACGGCGUCGCCUGGCACAUCAAUGAGAUGAAACGCAAGCACGAGCACGCUAUCAGGAUCCAGGAGUUGCGUGGAUUGCUCAUCAACCUCAAGCAGGACCUGAGCAUGUUGGGGGAUCUGGCGCUGGAGGGGUCUUUCCGCUUGCACCGGACGCGCAAGGAGCGAGCCCUCUUCCUCUUCGACAGCUCCCUGCUCAUCGCCAAGAAGCGCGACGACGGGCAGUUCGUGUUCAAGACCGAGAUCAAGUGCCGAAACCUCAUGAUUUUGGAACAACCCAGGGAGCUUGAGUUCUGUGUGUGGCAUUACAAAAAUGAAAAGCCACGGUACACGUUUCAGGCGAAGACUCAAGAGGAAAAGAGUCAGUGGAUACACCACAUCAAGAGGCUCAUUCUCGAAAACCAUCCAUCCACUGUGCCGGACAAGGCAAAGAACAUCAUUCUUGAAAUGGAUCCGGCAUAUCCCACCGGUAUCUAUAGCCCCAACCGGAACAGGAGGCCCGAGUACCACGAGGUCAAGGAGCGGAAACGUCGGAGGCAGGCCGGAGAUGAUGCAACGCGAAGCAAGCGCGUGCCACAGGAAGGUUCGCGAGCCACGGAGUCCCACGGUGAUGAAGCCCUCUCUCCGGCGCCCAGCGUGGAGAUGUUGGAUGAAGAGAGGGGGGAGCCCAGCGAGUCGUCAUUCAGUGACCGCUCGGUCCCAUCAACCCCAGACACGAGCCUGACCCCAGACAAGGCUCAGAAUGUGGCCGGAAAGGACUCCGACGUGGAAAAUGGACCUGCUGGUGUUAGAUCCAUUAAGAGGGAGAGGCCGAACUUUGACGCCCCCAUUCCGUUUGAGCGGCAGCCCUCGUGGAAACGCGUGAACAGGGGCUCGGUUGGGCACAAGACCAAAAAAUCUAAUUAUUCAGAUUUCUCAGAAGAUCCGCCUCCGGAGCCGAUGAACGAGAGCGCGUCGUCCGCGGAGAACCUGGCGCGUUACGAGGUCUCCAUUUGGGAUCUCAAAAAGGGCGAGGGCGGCGUCGGCGGUGAAGGAAUCCGAAGCCAGCCUCCGUCGCUCUGCUCGGAGAGCACGCUGGACGACACGGCCAGCAAGUUCUCGGACCUCGAUCCUCCGGCCAUCGACACGUCGGCCGACGAGCUGGACGACGACACGCAGACCGAGUGCAGCAGCGGCGACUCUCCCCGCCUCUCCAAGGCGUCGAGUGGCCUCGACGAGAGGCGCGGCUCGUCGUUCGCUGACAUCAUGCAGCAGGAGCGGGCCGAGUGCCAGGUGCGGGCGAUGCUGAGCAAGCCGGCGAGGCGCAGCACGCAGGAGCUGGUGUCCAACUCCUCCGCGACCCAGAGCCAGGACGGCAGCGCCGACGAGGAGAUGACCGUGUGCAGCAGCCCAGUUCGGCAGCUCGCUGACGGCGCGGUCGACAGGAGCUCCGGGGAAGACACCGUCUGCACGAGCCCGGUGUUGGUGAGCUCUCAGGUCGGCAGGACCGAGUGCUCGAGGGAAGACACUGCCAUCGCUCCGGGCUUUUUCCCAAUCGGGUCCCCAAGCAGGAAGAACAGCACAGACGACGAAGAGUUCUUCAGCGUUCUGAUUCGCACGCCCUCGAGGCGAGUCAGCAGGAGGAAGAGCAGCUUCAGGGUUGAGAAUUCGGCGCCGUUAAAUUCUCCGACGAGUGAACUCGGCGUGACCGUCAGCAGAGCUACCAGCGUCGAAAGUCAGAACUCGUCCUCGGUGGUCAGUAGCAGCAGUGGCGGCAGCAGCGGCAACGAUGUGGAGCUUCAUUCUAAGGUGCUGCCGGGCAAUGCUGAACAUUUGUCAAAGGGUCCGAGUGCAGAAAUUAGUCUGGAUUUUCCCGCUGCAAACAAGGAAGAGCCCUUGACCUCUGAGAGUGAAAUUACAGACAAGGCGCGCUCCAGUUCACCAAAAGUUGCUCGUGCAUCUUCCUUCUCGAAGCAAGACAGCUUUCCCUUAGAGGAAACAAAGAAUGAUUACAGGUGGAAAGACCGCGUCGGCUCUGGCGUUAACAAAAGAGACAGUCUGGCAAACAUUCCCCAAGGUUUGGUGCGGGAUUCUGUUUUUGCGAAAAGAAAAGCCGAAAUCCACAACUUUGAUAAUUUCCCCACUCAAAAGUCAGCUUCAGAAUCGCUUGAUCGACGCGUUUCAUCUCCGUCAGUGGAGAGAGCCUCGGGCAGUUUCAGCCGUAGGCGCAAGUCCGAGAAUCCCAGAGAAAAAUCUGACAAAAAUCAGACAUUUGUAGAAGAGACCAAAAACUUGGAUCCAUCUGAAGCUGCGAGUGAAUCGCACGCGGAAAACGUUGCCAAACAAACCUACGGCGUGACCGUGUUUUCUGGAAGCGUUGUGAAGCUGGCAGCGGCCAACGAGUCUCCUGAACCCAGCCAAGACUCGUUGAACUCGAGCUCCAGCGCAUUGAGCGACGCCGCGAGCAUCAAUGAGGGAAAUUCAGACCGGGAGCCGCCAAAAGCGCCAGGCCCUCUCUUGCCGACCGCGCCUUUCGGCAACGAGGAGUCUCACGGCGGCACGGGCAAAUACGACAGGGCGACCUCGCGCACAGAGCCACGGUCGCCGUCCAAAGAGCCGUGCGAUGACUCGCGCAUGCAAUCUGCCGGUCGCUCGUCCAAGACAUCCACCCUGUCCCGACCCACGACCUUGCCCAGCCGGCCGAGGGUAACCUUCACCGCCAUGUCCCACUCCGUCCACUUCAGCGAGUCGAAUGACAAGUCCAAGUCGCGAGUGUUCAACAUGGCGCGACAGUACAGCAUGAGGAUUAAGAAGCCCAAGUCCCCGACCGACCCUACUGCUGGGGUCUUGGAGCAGCUGCAGAGGAGUGACGCGCUGGAGGAGAAGCUGAAGUGGUUGAACGCCGAAGAAAACAAGCUGGGCUUUGAUAAAGCGGUCGGCGCCGAAACUGUCGUCUAUCCCAAGGUCCGGGACAGCGGGGUCAACAAAAGGUCAAGCGUGUUGAGCGACACGUCGAUAACGGCCGCUGCAGAGCAGGCCGGGUCGGACAGAUCGAGCACGGCAUCGCUUCCCCCGUCUCCAGGCUCCUUCACGAGCUACUCGCCCAGAUGUUUGUCUCCCACCUACGUGACGAACAGGUUCUUUCCGGAACCGAGUUACUUCUCCCCCAAAGGGGGGGUCAACUGGCCGACCGUGAAGGAGCUACGGUGUCGCUAUCUGCGGCUGCUGACGAGCGACGGCGGCGGCGACGGCGGUGGCGCUCGAGCCAAAACGCUGGAGCGUCAUUCGGAUGGCCGAAGACACGGGUGUCAGCAGAUAAGAAGAAUCAGCUCCGAGACCGGCACGGCCUCCACAGGCACGGGUGAGCCGAGGUCGGAGAGCAAGCGUCUCCCGCGGACGAGAGAGGACUUGGGCCUUGCGGAUGAGACCAAAGACGAAUCGCGGAGCCGCGGGGGCAACUCCUCCGGCAGCAGGGCGCACACAGAGUCGGAGAAUAACGGCGCCGACACGGCGGCGAUUCACCUCGGCAAAAACUUCCCUUACAUCGUCACCGACGACAUCCCCGUCUUCGACUCUGACGUGACGCUGCAGGACAGUCCCGGCGUGGUCGUCGUCAACGGCACGUCCUGCGUCGGCGGUCGCCCGACGAGCAGCCCCGCGGAGCGUCUCGGGGCCCCCCUUCCCCUCUGCGGCGUCGAAGACGACGGCGACGACGACGACGAGGACGAGGGAGAAGAAGAAGAGAACGCUUCUCCAGCCGGUGCCUCCACGAGGGAGCGCAAGCAGAUCUCGAUUAAGCCAGCAGCGGAGAGGUGGGGCCCCCGCGAAGGAGGGGCCCUGGGCCCCGAAGUGGCGGCGUGGCAGCGCGAUGGGAACAAGCGGAGGGGCAUCGCGUUCGGAGGCAGCAGGGCACUGUCUGCCGGGGAGGGCAUUGGCAUCGUCAAACAGCUGAGGGAUAUGUUCCAGAGAUUGAGCACUUCCAGUCACGUCUAGGGAAGGUGGCGUGAUGGUCUGACGUGGAAAUGUUGUCUGCCCGUUGUUGUGAACGAAAAUGUACAGGUGGAUGUAUGGAUGUUCAAGUUCUUUCGCACCGUACGUAGCCAACCGUACCAAUCUGAGGUGCAGAUGCCUACUAUGAGUGGAUUGAUUUUGUAUAUUGGAACUUAAUUCCACAUUAUUGUUUUAUAGGUUCUGGUUGUUUUAGAUGUUUUUUUUUAUAGUCCUACAGAGAGGGACAAAAAAAACAUACAAAUAAACUGCCAAAUAUAUUAAGAUGUAAAAUAUCAAAAUAAACCCCACGUUUUUGGGCAAGGAAUACAUUUAGCAACGAUAAGUUUAAUUACAUGUAUCGUGUGUAAUUCUGUAAAGUUUGAGUGGUGAUAUAUUUCCUUUAAAUUAAUGGUCGCAACUGUAGAUGCUUUAGUGGUGUCUUGCCAAAAUUAUAUAGAUGCCCAUUUCUACGAUUACACAAUCAGGAAGCAAUAUGUAAACGAAGCAACAAAAAAGCAAUAUGCCAGUGAUAAUUGCUACAUCUUAAACAUACAAACACGUUCUUAACUUAUUUACAUUAAUUAAGAAAUAAACCAAAGACUGUUCAUCAACAUACUAAGGACCAAAUUGCCUUUCAUGCAAUGAUUUGCCGCUGCUGGCUUUAAUCGCAGCAAUUGCAGUAAGCUUGUAUCGUGCUCCAAGCUCCAUCGCAAAGCAGCGUGGCUUCUUUACGCGUUUACCUGCAUCGUCAUAAUUAAGUGUUGCACUAUGCAAAUGACUUGGGGUUGAUUCCGAGUUGCGUGACGACAAGGGCAUCACGCGCAUCAGUGUCGCCUCGAGUGUCCACACGAGUUGCGCAUCAUUUGAGCGACUUCUUCUCCGCAGAACCUCUGGCCCACGUGGUUGUGCACGGUGGGGAAAGCGAGAUGGCUGUUGUGAGACGGAGGAAGCGAUGUCUUCGCUGUUGGCAGCAGUUUCCAAACGGGUUGACACGUCUCAGACCGAAAGCUGGUGAUUCUGUGAGCGCGAAAGCUGUUCCAUUCUGUGACGUCCAAGCGUCACAGUCAAUAGCACCGCCCCACCGCCACGCACCCAAUGCUGUUGGCAUUUUGCUGUCAUUCUUACAGGGCCCUUUAUUGCAGAAUACCACGGAGAGCGCCGGGUUUUAUAUUUAUUUCUUAAACAUACGCUCUUGUUUACGCUGCUCACACAAUGAAAAAGCAGCCUCAUUCGUGAUUCCACACGCGGUAUAUAUUGACAGGUUUUUUCUUUUUUUGCACUGCACGACGCGUAAAUGGUUCGACACGCAGCAGCUUUUUUGGCAGAGGUGAGGGCAGGUGAUUAUCAAACGCGUGGACUGUUUUUUGUCUUCUCCAACGCAGACCUCAAUUUACCAAUCAAAUGGCGCUUAUCCUCUCUGUGUUUUUAAACAGCAAAGCAAGAUGAGGCAGAAAAGGACAGAAGAGGUUGAAAUUAUCCGGCUUUUGCCCAUUAACGAAAAAUACACAGCUCCCUCACAAAUUUGCUCAAUCACAGCGAAAAGCAAAUGUCACUUUUUAUUAUUUACAGAGAAUAAUGUCAAUUUCGUUCACAGCGAUUAACCUGCGCGCGAUUUUUUUUUUAUUUUGCCUGAUUCUGAAUAAUAGGCUCCAAGUAAAACACUGGGAUAGUGGAAUCUAGUUAUAGAGCGAGCAAGUCCUGGUAAAUGUCACAGCCUCGUCAUGUGUGCUCGUAGUUGGAUGGAGUGUGUGCGUGUGUAUGUGUGUGUGGUAUUAAAUGGCGUUUGUCAGUCACAAAAAUGUCCUGCACAGGGUGUGGCAGCCAAUUGCAAGCGAAUUGAACGGUAACUAAGCGAGACGGAAGUUUAAACGUGACCAUCGUUUGCCAUUUCCAUCGCGACAACAAGCUGUUCACCAGCUUCAGAUAACAACGUGGCCACCUGCUUUCUGGUCCGUUGCUUGAAGGUUGCCAAACCUUCCCAUCGCCAUUGUUGUGCGCGAAUGUUUCAAUCGGUGCAGCUGCGCUACCGCCUCGCCAGCAUGAUUACUUCUUGAAACAUUCACGUCAAUUACGCUGCGCGAAAAAAAAGAUGUAUUAGCCCAGCUGUGUAAUGUACAAUCGAAGAACCGCCCCGUCUGUCAAAGGAGAUAAAUUAUGGUUAUGUUCGGCCAAAAGAGCGUUCGCGUGACGUUAGCCAACGCGUUUUUAAAUGACCACUAUACGUGCGCCGAUCGCACCGGGCCGGGUGUCGGUGUGUGUUUGUGCGUACAUUCGUUCGCUGUUUUCCACGUUGUGCAAGAGAUAUUAGGUUGCAUAAUUUUUUUUUUAAAACGACAUGUUGUUUUUGUUUUUGCUGUAACAUAAAUUAACAGAACAUAAUCAUGUUUAAUUAGAAAGAAGCAUAUGAAAAAUGUAAGCAAUAAUUAAUUUUUUUCUCAGCUGGUUUUUCCUAGUUUAAUAUUUGUGGGGUAUCUGUAUACGUUACUCUGAAUGGUGCAAUAAUAACAGAAUCAUGUAUAAUAUAAAACAAGAUCUUUUCGGGUAAAUUCUUUUGUACGCUGUCACUUUUAACAGAACCUAGGCAGCUGUUUGAAAUCUGUGGUAUCAUUUAAUAUCUUUACAUAUACGACAGAUUAUGGUCAGGUGGAGGUUGUAGCCUGACGAUGAGAAGGUGCAGUUCAAAUACAUAAUUGGGCCCUAUUUCUUUUUGUCUUAGGGAAGCACUCAUCCACCUUCAAUUCGCCAUUGCUUGCAUUGCCCAAUUAGCACUCUGGGACGGAUCGUUUAGGUGUGGCUUGCGAGCAUUUACGUAAUAAUUUUAUUUGAAAUAGCGUAAUUCAUGCAAUUACAUCGCACAACGCUGCAAAUCAAUUCGCCAGUCCCUACAUAGAUAAUACAAAAACAAAACCCCACUACUUGAAAAACAAUGAAUAUGUAAAUAACGAGGAAAAAAUUACAAGAAAAUUCUCAUCACAGAGAAAUUUUAUUUAAAUAAAUAAAUUCGUUGGGUCUCAUUACCCCAGAUCACAAUCUCAACAUUUUUCCGGAUUUAGGAGAACCUUCACAGGAGGGUUGGUGGAGUGGCAAAAGAGUUAUGAGCCAGUUUGAAUCGGUUAAUUGAUUUGAUUUGUCGGAUGUGUAGCGGAAGAAUGUCCCAGUCUGUGGGGCUGCACAUGUGAACGCUCGUCCACCAAUUACAUGUUUUUUGGGGUGGACAGCAAACCUAGUGAAGCAGAGCAGAGAACCUGACGUGGGAAAUAAACUGCCUACCACAUGUUCUCCUGGCACAAAUUGUAUUCCAUUACAGAGUGGACUUUACAAAAUAAAGAGAGAGGGCCAACGACCACCGUUACGCCAUUUGGCGGUGUCGCCAGAAUUAUCGCGGGAAUUUUACGACAACGGCAAGAAAAAACAUAACAUCGUUCGCGUUUGCCUGUUGGCCUGCAUCACACCGUCACUGCUGUCGCGUUGACCCUGGCAGUCGGGUCAGGUGAACUGGGUGCCGCGGUGGUGAGGUGUUAACUACCUCGCCUGGUAUACAGGAGGUCGUGGGUUUAAUCUCGACCCUAAUGCCUGUUGUAUAUUUGGAGUUUGCGUGUCUCUCUCCCCGUGGUUGCGCGUGGAUUUUUCUCCACGUCCUCUGGUUUUUUCCUCCUCCACAUUUAGAAACACGCGUUUAGAGUAUUUGGCUGCUGUAAAUGUCCACGCGAUAAGCCACUUCGUUGAGCUGUCAUUUGUGAAAAAGAACUACAUAGCUCAGUGGGCCUUACCGGGUUAUAAAAAAUAGUCUUAGUUUAGAUGAAACUGCAAUGCACUGAGGGAGCUUUGUUAUCUGUAUUGGCCUGAGUUGUAAAUACUACUGUUGCAUUUAUUGUGGCAAUGCGUUUCCUUCAUAAUUCCAUUGCACGGUGAUGUAGCAGCACUAAUGUGACAGCCACACUCUCGUUGUGCUGGCCCGUUUGAACGCAGAUGCCGGCCCAGACUCAAUAAUAAGGCGAUCGAACUUCCGCCGUUGCGUUCAUACAGCUGUAAGCAUUACAUAUUAGUUCUAUACCAAGCGGAGGGGAAUCAAUUGAGGAAGUUGUCAAAAGCAAUAAUGAGAAUUGUAUGUGCAGCAGCGCAUACCUGCAGGAUCGUGUGUUAAUAUUAACGCUGCAGAGACUGUCGCCUCCGUCGGAAAGAAAGGCAUGCUGUACACUGUAAACAUCAGACAUGUCCAAGAAUAAAUUGUAAAAAAAAAAUGGUUCAUAACUUCAUAUGCUGUUGGUGCACGGUGUCGGCUGACCAUUUUCUUGAUCUUGUGUAAUAAAAUGGCUCGCAAACA